GUGGUUGUACUCGUUUUGCCCAAGGAGCAACGAAUCUCUGUAUCGGCCACGGUGGGGGCAGGCGGUGCCAGUUCCCAGGUUGCCCUAGGUCAGCAGUAGGCCGCAGUAACAAGUGUGUUACUCAUGGUGGAGGACGUCGCUGCGAAUUCACUGGUUGUUCGAAGAGUGCCAGAG